AUGAACGAGACAAAUUAUAUUACGAUCUAACAAUGAUAGACUGCUAACAAUGCUAAUGAUGAAUAAGCUACUAAUACUGCAUAUAUUGAUGGCAUAAUGAAACUCCAGGGUUUAAUGAAAGCAAACAGAAAUCGUCCACCAGAAGAGGAAUCCUGUGAUAUUGAGUAUGCACUUUCUAAAGCGAAAAUAAAUAGAUCUGCAACCAUGGACAAUUUCUAUCCUGCACACAAAAACUUCGUUUCCAUUGGCGGAAAUAACUGGACUUUUGAAGUUACCAAGAAGUGUUUGGACUUGCAAUUUACCAUCUUUAAUCGUUCGAUGGAAGAAAGGAGGCAAAUAAUUCCUGUAUGCAGAACUUCAGAGGUUUAUUUUGAAACAAAAUUCAACUUUCACCAGCCCCUACCUGAGUUUGGAUUCCCAAGUCAAUGUUUACAAAGGGCACUGCAGAAAUUAUGCAGGGACGGAUUCCUUGUACCCAACGUUCUUCACUAUAUUUGGUUUGGAAAAAGACAUUUUGAUUUCGUACAUUUUAUCUCUUUUUAUAGUGGAUAUAAAAAGCAAAAGCCUUGUCUUAUUUUUCUAUUCGCUGAUGUCCUGCCGUACGGCCAUUGGUGGAACUACCUGCUUGUUUUAGUCCCCAAUAUAAUGUAUAUCAAAGUGAAUCAACCGACAGAAAUAGCUGGGAAAAGGAUUAAAUAUGUUCAACAUGCUGCUGACAUUUUCAGAAUUUGGAUUUUGAAAGAAUAUGGUGGAAUAUACGUCGACACUGACGAAAUACUUUUACGAUCGCUAGACGACUUUAGAGAUAGCUCAUACACUAUGGGUCUAGCACACGAUGGGUCCGUAGGCAGUGCGCUGAUCAUGGCUGUUAAAAACGCCCCUUUCUUAUCUAAAUGGAAUGAGAGUUACAGAUCGUUUCAUCCAAAUGAAUGGGGAAAUAACUCUGUUCUCAUGGCAAGGACACUUGCAACUAAAUAUCCCAAACUAAUCAACCUCCAGGACCAUCACUGUGUGUUUUUCCCCCAUGGUAAUUUAUUAUAUGAUAGUAAUUACAAAUGGUCACAUAGUUAUGCAAUUCACGUCUAUCAUCAAGACCGCAUGGAUAUACUUAACCAGUAUGACGGCACAACUAUUCAAACAUUGAACAAUACUUUAGGCGCUGUUGGGCGGUAUAUCUUGUACGAUGAUAAAGAGUUAUGUGCCUAAAACUACAGAACUGUUAUAUUUAUAGUGCGUAACGCGUAUGCGUGCGCGCGCGCGUGAGCUUGUGCAUGUGUGUGUGUGUGUGUGCGUGUGUGUGUGUGUGUAUGUGUGUGUGUGUGUGUGUGUGAGAGAGAGAGAGAGAGAGAGAGAGAGAGAGAGAGAGAGAGAGAGAUUAAAUACAACAAUUAGACGAAUAAUCAAAGUACUAAGAGUACUGAUAAGCAUGUUUUUUAGAAGAAUAUUAUACUUCACCUUUGAUAUUUUGACCUGGAAAUCAAUAAAGGUCAUAUACUCUUUAAGAGCAAAAA